GUAGAAAAGAAAAGCAGAGCAGAAAUGGCCAUGAUGUGAAAAAGAUAUUCCCAAGGCAUAAUUUCUCCAUGUUCACACCCCAUUUUAAUGUUGGGGAGCUCUUCGCCGCAGAUUGGAUCUGCUUGCCUCGCCUCUGAUCUCUUCCCGGAGUCAAUUUCGUGGUCGGAGAUGGCGAGUUGUGAAUGAAUGCUCUCGGAUUCGGAGGUCAAGAUACAAGAGCACGAAAAAAGUGAUUACAAUACUGAAGAGAUGAAAUGACCUCUGCAAGUAUACGAGAAGAACAACAACUAACUGAUAAUGAAAUCGAGUCUUUAAGUGUGUCGAAACGUAUCAUUAGAAGUAUGAGUCAGAAAUUGAAAAGAAAAAGUAACAUAAGCGAAGAUGCUGACGAGGCUGAGGCGACGAGUGUUUCUCUGAGAUGUCUUACUCUUUACGGUAGAGGUGGAGGUUGCAAAGUAGGGGCUGACAUGGGUGAGGAAUUUGGGAAUUCUGGGUGCCGAAGGAGAUCAAGUUCGAGCGAGGAAGGAAAAGGGUAUCCGGCGUUAUGUGGGAAGGAGGAAGAAACUAUCGACUGCUUUCCAUACAUAGUGAAGGAGAGAUUCUUCCGAAAGAGCAACAGGAGGCUUUUGACGUAUAAUGAUGCACAACAGAGCAAUAGCAUGAAUGCCCGACUUCCGGAUGACAUUCUUGAAAUGUGUUUGGUGAGGCUGCCAUUGGCAAGCCUCAUGAAUGCUCGGCUCGUCUGCAAGAAGUGGCGGAGCUUGACUUCCACACCUCGGUUUAUGCAGAUCAGGAGAGAAGGGUUAUUCCAAAGCUCGUGGUUGUUUCUGUUCGGUGUUGUUAAGAACGGAUAUUGCUCUGGAGAAAUACACGCAUUCGACAUUGCCUUAAACCAAUGGCACAAAAUCGAUUCUCCAUCUCUCAAAGGGAGAUUUCUGUUUUCGGUUGCUAGUAUCCAAGAUAACAUUUUCAUCGUUGGGGGAUGUUCAAGCUUGACUAACUUUGGACGUGUGGAUCGCAGCUCGUUCAAGACACACAAAGGGGUUUUGGUUUUCAGCCCCUUGAUGAAAUCGUGGCGUAAAGCAGGAGCUAUGAAGUACGCCCGGUCGUCGCCUGUUUUAGGUAUUUCGGAAGUCAAUCCCGAUUGUUUAUUCUUCAAAAAUCAACAAAAUCGAUCGGAAAGACGCUUCUAUCGGCCUAGAGUCGGAGGCGUGUCUGAUGUAUACGAGGAUCCUCACAGACUUUCUGUUAGACGCCAAUCUCGGCAUUCGCUUGACGAAAAUGAUUAUUUAGCAGUCCCAACCAACAACCCUCUCAAGACUUUGAGGCAAAAAGUCGAAACUUCUUCCAGCAAGGACGGUAGGAAGUUUGUCAUGAUUGCGGUUGGCGGCCUUGGCUCUUGGGACGAGCCAUUGGACUCUGGCGAAAUUUACGAUCCCGUUUCGAAUAAAUGGACAGAGAUACAGCGACUACCGUUAGAUUUCGGUGUGGCAUGUUCUGGUGUCAUAUGCUACGGUACGUUCUACGUCUAUUCGGAAAGCGACAAACUAGCCGGGUACGACAUCGAAAAGGGUUACUGGGUCAGAAUUCAGAUUGCUUUGAGCCCUCCUCGCGUGCACGAAUAUUAUCCGAAGCUGAUCUCGUGUAAGGGCCGGGUGUUUAUGCUUUCGGUGUCGUGGUGCGAAGGAGACGGUCAGAUUGGUCGUAGGAACAAAGCUGUUAGAAAGCUAUGGGAGCUCGAUCUCGUGUAUCUUACUUGGACUGAGGUGUCGACGCAUCCUGAUGCCCCGAUGGACUGGAAUGCUGCUUUUGUUGCUGACGAAGAUCUCAUUUUCGGCGUCGAAAUGUUUAAGAUUUUCGGACAGGUACUCGACUUUGUGACUAUGUUUAAUGUGUCUGAUAUGGAAUCGGGCUGGAGGCAUAUCUCGAGGAAUCACGUGGCGCACGAUAUGGAUGCUUCUUCUUGCUUGACGAAAUCCAUGGCUGUCCUGCGCCUGUAGGUAAGAAAUUUCAUCUUCGUUUAAUUGGUGAAGCUUUUAUGGAAAUGAACUGGCGCAUAAUCGUUGUAUGUUUCUUUGUGAACUUGAAUUUAAUGUGUUUUAUUAUUGUGUACUAACAUUUGUUUGAAUACCGAACAUGUUUCUGAAUCGAA